UCACGUGCCCUGCUGACAGCUGCCGCUCGAGCACACAAGAAGAAUCUCAAGUCACUCCAAGGACGUUUUUUCCGUCUGCUGUGUUCUGUUGGAAAUAUUAGUCGAGCCGACUUUUUACUUUGUUAAAGGCGCCUCUGAAGUGGCACGCAUUCCAAAAAUGACGAGACUGGAGGAAUUUAACAAAUACAGCGCAGUAUUUCUUGCCAUUUUAUUUUACUUUUCUUUUCAAGGUGCCCGCUCUCAGCUGGUGGUUUCCCCUGCUGGUCCUGCUCUGGUGAACGCAUUAGUUGGCAGCAAUGUGACUCUGGCCGUGUCCUUUAGUGGUGCGCCUGACCCAGGCCUCGUCUGGCUUAUGGGAGGUUUACCUGUCGCCACGUGGAAAAUCAACUCUGUUGCAGCUCCAGAAAUAGCUCAAAACCGCAGGGACGUGAUCAGGGUUGAGGAAAAUGGGUCCCUUACCUUUGUUAAUGUGACACUUGCCUAUACUGAGAGAUACACCAUUGAAAUGACAAAGCCUGGACUGGAAAAAGCUUCAACUAACUUCACACUGAAAAUAUUUGAAACCCUCCCGAAUGUGACUCUGAGCUCACAGCCGGAGUUUGCCAAAGAGGGAACUGACCGGUUCAUGCUGCACUACAGUGUGCCGCAAGAUGUUGUUGAGCAACAGACGUGGCUCUUCAACGGCAAGGAAAUUAAAAACAACUCGCACUAUUUGGUGGAGCAAGGGAGGCUUGUUAUCCUCAGACCAAACCGAAGUGACACAGGACAGUACACACUGCUGAUCGCAAACCCUUUCAGCCGUGCAACAGCUCAGAAGAAUGUUAGUGUGCUGUAUGGACCAGAUGAGCCUAUACUGGAGGCCAGGCCAGCUAAGCUUUUCUACAUACCAGGCGACUCUGUGAUCCUCUCCUGUCAGGCUGACGGAUUCCCAAAGCCAACUCCUAAGUGGCUGUUAGGUGAUCGCAUCCUUUCCACCAAGGACGUCCUGAGUCUAGAAAAUGUACAGACCAGUGAAGGAGGUGUUUAUACAUGUAUACUGGUCAAUGAGCAGACUGAAGAGGAGCGUCAAAACAACCUGACUUUAAAUGUUUAUGAGAAGCCGCCGGGCAAACCGCUGUGCUCCGUGCACUCUGUGAAUGACGUCAAACUGCAGUAUCGCUGUGGAUGGAUGGGGGGGACCCCACAGGCUCGGCUGUCUUUCCCAGCACUGAGUAACGCCAGCAGUGGAGAAGGAAACUUCAGUCUGACUGUCAAUGCCUCAGAUAACUUGAACCGAAAAACUAUCAAGUGCAUGGCAGACCACCCAGUCCAACAGAAUCAGUGCAACAUUACAGCAAGUAGUCCAGUUGUGUUUCCUCCAGCUGUGAGAACAACACUUGAGGGCAAAAUGGUGGUCACUAUCCACUGUAUGAAUGAGGCCUCGCCUAUGGCUGUGGUGUCAUGGUACAGAGGCAAUGUUUCUGUCACCAACGGGACAAUGCACCAGGUCAGCAGCAGCACCACACAACUUGAGAUCCGUCAUUUCAACGUCAGCUACAUACUCCUCCAAAACUACACCUGCAUUGGCAGUAACCCACUGGGCAGUCAGACGAGGGAGAUUCAACUACAAGGGCCGUCAAUCUCGGAUUUCAGCUUGUUCCCUAAUCAAGAUGGAACCGUCAUCACUUUGACUUGGGAGGUCCCGCCUACCUCUGUUGUUACAGGUUUUAACAUCCAAAUGAAAGGACCAGACCUGCUGAGCAAAUAUUCUACAUACACUAAAGCAAGCUCGGACAAAUUCCGCACCAUCCAGGUGAAACCUGGUUCUGCCAGGAGUACGGACGUCUUUCCGCUCGAACCCGACUUGACCUACAGGUUUCGGGUCAUUCCCAAAGCUCAUCAGACACAAGGAGAGCCGUCUACAGUCCACAGAAUUGGUCCAGGUGAAGGACUGAGCGGCCCUGCCAUUGCUGGCAUUGCAGCUGGAAUUCCCUGCAGCCUUCUCUUCCUGCUCCUGCUGGGUGGCCUCAUUUACCUCUGCAUUUACUGCAGCAAGAAUAAAAAUCAUCACACAAGAUAUCCAGUUUCCAGAGCGGUGGAGAAGGCAAAAACAACCCAGCCUGACACAUCUCCUCAUAACCUGCUGACAGGAGGGCUGAAGUCUCCACCUGACUACAACCGAUUACAGCAGACUCCCUCUGAACGAUCUGUGGCUCUGCCCUCAUUUAUUCCUGCGCCACCUGUCAGAGUUGCUACAACGGUCUAGACUUUAACUUUAAUUUGUUUUAAAGUGUAUAUUCAUUUGUUUUGAUUGAAAAGGAUGGAUUUUUUAUGUUCCAUUUUAAAUAAAAAUAUAUGUGUAUUAGAUAUUA